AUGUCCUACACACCAGACGAGUCCCCCGCUCAGCUCUAUUCCGAGAAAACGUGGCUGGCUGGUAGCAUCAUGACUGGCGUCGGCUAUGGCGUCGUCCUUGCUCUUUUCUGGCUCUGUCUGCAGUUAUUGUGGCGCCGUACGCGAGUGAAGGACGCAGAUUACUCUAGGAAUUGCUUUUUUCUCGUCUAUGUCUGCGUCAUGUUUAUUCUAGGAUCGCUUUUCAUGGGCUCCAUUUCCCAAUUCACCCAGCUUGCCUUCAUAAACGAUCGAAAUUUUCCAGGUGGUCCCAGUGCGUGGGAGGUUGAGAUGUUUUCCAUCAGUGUGGAUGAGAUAGCCAAUGUCUCUUUUGUCCUGGCAGAUUGGUGUGCUACAGCGCUCAUGAUCUGGCGCUGCGUAAUUAUAUACCGUGAUUGUGGAAAUUGUCCGUGGCCAAUUAUUGUCAUGCUAGGGACCAUGUUCCUCGGAUCUGUCGUGUUCGGCAUUCUCUUUCUCUACCAGAUCUCAUCCCCCUUAUCAUCACCAUACUCUGCUGCUGGCAUGAAUGUGAAUUUUACCCUUCCAUACUUUUUCUUUGAACUUGCCACCAAUAUCACCGUCACCAUCCUCAUCGUACUCCGCCUAUACUUAUAUCGUGUCCACAUGAAGCACGCAUUAUUAGGUCCUGGACACGUAGCGGAACACACUAGUGUCGAGUCAGUGAUCGUCGAGAGCGCUGCGAUUUACUCCACGUUCUCCUUACUGUUCUUGAUCCCAUUCGCGACGAAAAGUCCAGUUGCGAAUGUGUUCAUACAAGUACUUGGAGAGGCACAACUCGUUGCCCCCCUUCUGAUCAUAUUCCGUGAAGCCCAGGGGAACGGCUGGAUUAGCUCCACAAUAUCCACAUCUUCCAGUAAAACCGCUGUCCAAUCACGACAAUACUCCGAUAUCGAAUUCACGUCUCAGCAUAUGCGUAACGAAGGGCUCAAAUCUACCGACUAUAGAGACGUCUCCAUGACUGCAGGGGAAGAUUCUAAUAUUGACAAUGAUGAUAACGUUGUAGAAGUUCCGAGGACGGAGGAAGAUCACAUUUAG